CGGGGAAGAGGCGAUGCUAGCUGGCGCGUGCGCAGUUUGCCUGGCUGGGGAAUUCAUGUGGAGGUCAGAGUGAAUGCAGGUGUGAGAGGGUUCAGCAGAAGCAGACAUGGCUGCCAAAGUGUUUGAGUCCAUUGGCAAGUUUGGCCUGGCUUUAGCUGUUGCUGGAGGCGUGGUGAACUCUGCCUUAUAUAAUGUGGAUGCUGGUCACAGAGCUGUCAUUUUUGAUCGGUUUCGUGGCGUACAGGACAUUGUGGUAGGAGAAGGCACUCACUUUCUCAUCCCAUGGGUACAAAAACCGAUUAUCUUUGACUGCCGCUCUCGGCCACGAAAUGUGCCAGUAAUUACUGGCAGUAAAGAUUUACAGAACGUCAACAUAACCCUGCGCAUCCUUUUCCGGCCGGUUGCUAGCCAGCUUCCUCGCAUCUUCACCAGCAUCGGGGAAGACUAUGACGAGCGUGUGCUGCCGUCCAUCACCACAGAGAUCCUCAAGUCAGUGGUGGCUCGCUUUGAUGCUGGAGAACUAAUCACGCAGAGAGAGCUGGUUUCCAGACAGGUGAGCGAUGACCUUACGGAGCGAGCAGCCACCUUUGGGCUCAUCCUGGAUGACGUAUCCUUGACACAUCUGACCUUCGGGAAGGAGUUCACAGAAGCGGUAGAAGCCAAACAGGUGGCUCAGCAGGAAGCAGAGAGAGCCAGAUUUGUGGUAGAGAAGGCUGAGCAGCAGAAGAAGGCAGCCAUUAUCUCUGCUGAGGGCGACUCCAAGGCCGCUGAGCUGAUCGCCAACUCAUUGGCCACCGCAGGCGAUGGUCUGAUUGAGCUGCGCAAGUUGGAGGCAGCGGAGGACAUCGCCUACCAGCUCUCGCGCUCGCGGAACAUCACCUACCUGCCCUCCGGGCAGUCAGUGCUCCUCCAGCUACCCCAGUGAGGCCCUGGCCGCCCGCACCUCCUUGGAGCUAUCUGGGCCGCAGCCCUCAUGAUCAUUCACGCCGCCUUCCUUCUGCCCCUGCCCCAGAAAUCACUGAAAUUAUGUGAUUGGCUAUAAGAGAAGGAAAUAAAGUGAAAUCACUUUAGAUCUCUAAUUACUCUAUUA